CCCCACCUCCCGAAUUCGUCGUUCCAUCAAUUUUUUAUUCCCAUUCUGCCAUUUUGUGUCCCGGAAUGCGGUAGCAGUAUCGUCGCCCUCAGCUCCUUAGCCGGACUGAGAAUUGAUCGCGAGCCUUUAGGAUAGGUCAGAUCAGGUCCACGUCUCAUAACCUGUGGAAUCCUACAUACCUGCCCACUUUCGCCUUCGUGUUGGGGGGGGCCCUGGAAAGGAAAUCUCGUUUGUCGCAAUCUUUGGCCUCGACGAUCCCCUACGCCCCGUCCUCAACCACCAAUUCAGAUUCACGACGCCACGCUGGACUUCUCCUUAUGAUUAGGGAUCAUAAGGCACCUGCUGGCCCCAGACCAGCCGCGCAGUCUCCGACUCGAUCGACCAAGGAGAACGUCCCCAUAAACCGAAUCGACAACGAACCAAUGCUCCAUGCGUCGUCGUCCAACAACCAUUCGCUCUUCUCUUUUGGUCGGAAUGGGGCCGCGAGUGACAUAGGCGAUAGUACUACGAGCUCCUUCGAAUUCUUGCCCUCCGUCAGUUUCGAUGAUCUCCAAAGCAGCCUCGAAUCAGCCUCCACCGAGUUCAAACUGACCCAGUUUCCCUCGCCAUCCGGUCACGGCAGCAUUCUUGACGAGAAACUACCGGAUAGGAUGGCCGGCCAGUCCUCGGGUACCGCCCAGAAUGGCGCAACUUCCCGUUCAGCUGCUCAGCCGAAUCCUACUCCUAACAUAGGCACCAGGCCAUCGAGGUCCAGUUCGAUACUGAGAAGGCCCAGUACGUCAAGUCGACAGGUUAGCAACGGUUCUACGAUAUCCGUGUCUUCUAGUAUCACCGACGCGCCAACCGCGCCCGCUGCCAUGAGAAACCGGCGACAAAGUCACUACCCCCCGGUUUCUAACACUAACAUCAUAAAGCCACCAAGGAAGUCGAUUGGCCCGGGGGUCAUUGAUACUGAUUACGGGGCCAGAGGUGGUCCAAAAAGGCGGCCCAGUUUGGUGUCUAACUCUGAUAGGGGCGCAACUGAGUCAACUCGAACAUCAAUGGAUAUGACAAGCGGAGAAACCACAAAAGCGAUUGCCAAUUCGCGAGCUACAAAGGCUCGUUCAGUGCAACCGGCGCCGAGAUUAUCAACAAACAUUGCUGCUAGCAGCAGUAGUAACAAUCUCGCUCCAGAUCAGAACCGUACCUCAGCCGCGUAUCCAAGGUCACCAAGGGGUGCUGGUAAAGCAUCUACGCCUAAUUCAGCAAGGAGAAUGUCUGUAAUGCCGGGUACACAUACCUCUCACGCCACUGGACUUGGUGCAAGGACCAUUUCGCCCACCGAUGCACAAAGGAUGAAGCACUCGAGCAGCAUGCAUAGUACUUCUACGGGAACGCCUUCGGGUACUCCAUCUUUGGAGCCGGCGAAAAAAUCUCAACGCAAGCCCAGCUCUCGAAGACACGCACCGCGAAAAACGCUCGCCGGCCCUAGCGAGAUUGAUCAGAAAAUCAACGCGGCUCAAUCAAAGAAGAGCCUACAGCCACUACGACUCCCGCCGCUUAAUCUUGGCCCGUUGAAUUUACCUACGGGACCAAAGUCUGCACCUGUCCGAGAUUCUGGUGACGAUGGUAAACAAAGUCCACCUCUCUCACAGAUGAUUCCUAAAACGCCUACCACGCCCAUGACCGCGCCGAAAGGUUCCUUCUUUUCCAGAGCUCGUGUCGCCAGAGACCUCGAGAAGUCAGUUCCACGAAGCAGCAGUUCCAUCCACCAUGCCCGGUUAGACAGUCCAAAUGAAGACACAAGUUCAUCUAACUCGCCUCUGGGUACUGCAUCCAAGAAAAGAAGCCGCAAAGUCAACGCCUCGCCCUUCCUCUCGUCGUCUGCCCCUAAGGCCGCCGACACGUUCAAUGGCCAGUUGACGAAAUCUAAGACAGUUGGGGAUAUCAAUCAUAUGGUUUCGCUCGAAACCACCAUAGAUACUAAAACUCAGCAGAAGCCAUCCGGCCCGCGGGCACAGAAAUUGAUAAAGCCAGUUGCCAAAUCACCACCGCCUCAGGCCAGUCCCGAAGAGCCCCCAACACCGUCUUCUAUAAGCAAUUUGAGGAGAAAAUUAAGCUUAUCUUGGAAGAGAAGUACUUCUAAGAGCAGUCAUCAUGCGUCUGUCGGAUCUAUUGAUAAAGCUGCUGAGAAGCAAGCCCGUCAAGAAAGUAUGCCACCGCCGCGAAUCCCCAUCUCGGCGUCAACAAAUAUAAACUCGGUGAAGACAUCGAGCUCAAACCAUGCGUUGAAGACUGCGGGGACAUACUUGGAAUCUAGGCGCAGGAAGAGUUCCGCGUCCAGUCUAAACACUACGUUUACACAAAAGAGUCGUAGCGACGCUUGGACGAGCUCUAAGGAGGACAUUGGUAACAGUUCAAUGGUAGAGACGUCAUCGCAGCUUCGAAACUUAGCUACACAAAAGAUAAUCCGCCCCAGGCCAUCGACCGCUUCGAUAAAACGACGGGAUUCCUACACCGCCGAGCUGGACAAGGACGAUCUAAUCGCAGAGGAUGAGAUGAAGAGGUUAGCGAUGAGAAAGAAAGAGACUGAGAUAGCUGCUCGAACGCUUGACGCACUCCGUAAACGGGCGACGCCCAAGGAGCGCGUUGGGCCUCGGGAAGCGAUUCAGAUAGCGAUAUUGAAUAGAUAUGAGAAGGGCGAGAUUGUCGACUAUAAUGAUGUUUACUUCUGCGGAACUCAGAAUGCUGGUAAGGUGGUGGGCGACAUCGAAUCGAAGUUACCGAACUUUGGCUACGAUGAUGAGCGCGGCGAUUACACUAUCGUCCCAGGUGACCACCUUUCAUAUCGCUACGAAAUCGUCGAUGUCCUCGGAAAAGGAAGUUUCGGUCAGGUGGUGAGAUGUAUCGAUCACAAAACUGGUGUGCUCGUUGCUGUGAAGAUCAUUCGCAACAAGAAAAGGUUUCACCAGCAAGCUCUUGUCGAGGUUAAUAUCCUGCAAAAGCUUCGUGAAUGGGAUCCCCACAACCGACAUAGCAUGGUCAACUUCACUCAUAGCUUUUAUUUCCGAGGACAUCUUUGCAUAUCAACCGAACUUCUCGAUAUGAACCUCUACGAAUUUAUCAAGUCGAAUUCCUUCCGCGGCUUUUCUCUCAAACUCAUUCGACGAUUCACCAAACAAAUGUUGAGUUCGCUCAAUUUGCUUAAGCAACAUAAGGUGAUCCAUUGCGAUCUUAAACCCGAGAACAUUUUGCUUCGCCAUCCGAUACACUCUGAAAUCAAAGUGAUCGACUUCGGGUCUAGCUGCUUCGAGAACGAAAAGGUUUACACCUACAUUCAAUCCCGGUUCUAUCGAUCUCCUGAGGUCAUUUUGGGAAUGACCUACGGCCUACCCAUCGAUAUGUGGAGUUUGGGUUGCAUUUUAGCUGAGCUGUAUACCGGUGUUCCUAUCUUCCCUGGCGAGAAUGAGCAGGAACAACUGGCUUGCAUCAUGGAAGUCUUUGGACCCCCGGAGAAGCAUCUCAUUGAGAAGAGUACAAGGAAGAAGCUCUUCUUUGACUCGAUGGGCAAGCCCCGCUUAACGGUAUCCUCGAAAGGCAGAAGACGCCGUCCAUCGUCGAAGACCCUUCAACAAGCUCUCAAAUGUGACGAUGACCCAUUCCUCGACUUCCUUGCCCGUUGCUUACGAUGGGAUCCCGACCGUCGUCUCAAGCCUGAGGAGGCCAUACGUCACGAGUUUAUCACUGGUCAGAAAACCUCUGUUCCAGUUCCUAGAACCCGUGAGUCCUCGCCGAUAAAACGUCACAACACUAUCUCGACGCCACGACCUCUACCGGAUCCGCCAGGAGUUGGCAAAGGUGGUCACAAUUUGCGCCCCCGGGAGGCGAGUAAUACUAGUCCUUUGAAACCAGCUCCUGGAGCAAGACGAACAUCUGCUUUCACCAGCACCACAAAUGCCCCUGGCGCGAAGCGGGUCAGUGCGGGAACAUCUACAGCAGGCGGCAGCAACCUUCCUCGCGUGGCCGGCCGAACAGCUAGUGGCAAGCAAGAUUUGGCCUCGGUGGGGGCAAGUGUUGCUAUGAGUCGACGAGCAUGAAUGAGUUGAAUAUUGGCGUACGGUACGAUAGGAGCUUGAAAGCGAGUAUCCUAGAUGUGUUACGAGAUAAAUUGGGCAUUGAUUUCCGGCAGCAUUCCACGGUGCAGGCGCAU